UGCAAAACCCUAGUAAACACUUGGGGAAAAAGUAGCACAAAAAGCAAAACAAAUAAGUGACACACAAAGCGUUUAAAAAAAUAAUAAAAAAUAUACAUACGAAAAUUUUUUUCGAAAAAUAUUUACUAAAACUACGGAAUUUCGCUCGCUGUUUUUUGUAAAAUUUUACGAAAUUUGUAAAGAAAGAAAUUUUAAACAAACGCGUUUAUUUUGUAUUGAUUUUUACAGCAAACCUAACGAUUUUUACACAUUUCGAAACCGAAAGCGCUCAAUAAAACUAAACAAAGAUGCUGCGUAUACCGGGAAUGCCGUUUCUGCCAGGCACCACCUUUCGGGAUCUAUCUCGCACGAACUUCCCCAAGCCGCAGAGCCUUAUGAAUUUCCAGGGCAUCAGCAUGUUGAACGAUCGCCAACCACCCGCCAUGGUGGACGUUGGCGGUAUGUGCAUCGACAUUAACUGCCCACCGACAGCCACACCAUCACUCUAUCCGCCAAAGACUGGACCCAGACUGCCACCAUGGAUUGCUUACGAUAAGAAAGUACUCGGUUUCGAUGCGUUCUUUAAGGAGACGCUACACGAAGUCUACAAUGCGCCCUAUCAAGUGCGUAAAGUGAAGAUUAUGUAUUAUCUGGAAGAUGGCACCAUGCAAAUCAUUGAACCGAAAGUGGACAACUCCGGCAUACCGCAAGGCUGUCUGGUGCAUCGCCAACGUAUACCGAAGCCACCACCGUGCCAAAAUGAAUUCAUCUCGAUAUUGGACCUUAACGUCGAUACGAGCAUACAAAUAUUCGAUCGCAUUUAUCACAUUACAAAUUGUGACCUUUUUACGCGACAUUUCCUAAAUCGUUCGGGUAUAGCCGUACCAGAUCCCGUCGAUAUGCCAGUUGAUCCCACAACAGAAAUGCGUAAACGGUCGGCGAGAAAGAUUCAUAAUCAACCACCGAAGAAACAUUCAUUCGCACAAUUUUUGGCGUUCGAUCGGAAAGUGCUGAAAUUCCACGGCUACUGGGAUGAUCGUUCGGAGUUCGGCGAUGUACGUCGUUUAGAAAUAUGCUAUUAUUUGGCUGAUGAUACAAUGGAUAUAAAGGAAAUUUUUCCACGGAACUCAGGACGUGAAGGUCCAUCGCUCUUCCUGAAAAGAGGCAAACUCCCAAGGGAAUUCAAUGGACUUCCACUACCUGGGCAAGAGACGCCGCAAACGUUGUUGAAUGUGCUCGGCACGAGCAUGCGAAAUGUACGCUACACCAUUGAUCCGCUGAACAUCGGCGAAAAAGAGGUGCUCUACUAUGCGGAUCGUGAUCUACAAAUCGGUACUGUGCUAAACGUGUACGGACGUGCCGUUGUGCUCACGGAUUGCGAUGAAUACACACAAGAGUAUUAUAGAAAACGGUAUGGUAUUGAGAACUUUACAGCGGCACCGAUACCGUCACGUGGUGACGAUUGCGCGCCGAUUAAACAAAAAGAACGCAUACUGCCACCUUAUAAUGGCUGGGGUUCAUAUGAGGAUUCUGAGGGCAAUUGCAUCUCAGUCGAGCCCAAGCCGCCGCAGACUGAUUUUAAGAAAUUCAUCAAACUUGAUCGCUACGUGCUGCGAUUUGGUGCGAAACUGUUAUCGACCAUACGUGAGAAUUGUGAACGCAUUUUCAUCAUUUCGUAUUACCUAUCCGAUGAUACCAUACAAAUCUUUGAGAUUGCCGAACGCAAUUCCGGUUUCUUGGGCGGCGAAUUUAUGAAACGUACACGCAUACCACUGCCGGGCCAAGAGAAGUUCACCUCGAAGCGCCCACAAUACUAUCAGCCAUACAAUUUUUAUAUUGGCGCUACAAUGAGCCUCAAAGAUCAUAUCUUUCACAUUGUGUCCGCCGACGAGUAUACACUUAUUUACAUGGAGCAUCAUCCAUAUGAGUAUCCAAUGGCCGAUAUUAAGUCAAUUAUGUUGAAAAUCCGCGAUGCGGCGAAGUCGGAUUAUAAGGGCUUCAUUUGCCGUUGCUUGCCAGACGGCGCUGAAUCCGUUAAGGAUGUGCAAUUCAUUGGUUUUGAUUCGCUCAAGCGCGCACUUAUCAAUCUUCUGGCUGACGACAUCACCAAUCAUGAAAUCAUUACGGUUUGUCGCUACUUCUCAGCCGAGAAAGCACCGCCACAGGCAUGCAAUCGGGAGACGGUACGUGCUGCGGUACACUUGGAGUUGAAGCGUUCACUAUGGAAUGCAAUGGACGAGUUGAAGGAACAUUUGCACCACAUAAAUCCGCUGAACAAACCCUUCCUCUCCGAGGCGAAAUUACGCUCCACAAUGAAGGGCUGUCGCCUACCCUUCAUACCGGAACUAAUUGACGAUCUACUGAGCGUAUUAAAUCACAAUGACUGCGGCGAGGUUGAGGUAUGCGAUUUCCUGAACUUCAUCGACAUGGGUUGCGGCAAAGUGCCUGACAUAGCACCAAUGAAUAUCAAUUUCGAACUAUGUCCCAAGAUACCGUUCCUACAUAAGGGACGUUUGGUGAAUAUCAGCUGCUUCCUGCAGUACUUGGGUUUGGAUGAGGAGGCAAAACCAAAGGAAGAACUGGCGAGUUAAGAUUCUAGACGCUUAAACUUAUUAAAGCAGAGUUGCAUUGUAAUUUUCAUAAGAUUCAAAAUUUUUGUCAAUACAUUUUAUUUUCUACUCUCACACUUACACCACCAAAAUAAUAUAAUUAAAUGAAUGAACGCAUCUCG